AUGCGUUUCUGCUUCGGAGAGAGCGACAGCAGCAGCGAUGUCCCGGCUCCGGAGCCAAUCGGAGCGGCUCCCGCCAGAACGCCUGUGAGAGACCAGUUUCCGGAGCCCAAGGCUUGGGAACCGACUCUGGAGGAGUUUCUGAACAUCGCGCCGCUGGAAAGCGAGUCCUGCGGCGCGCAAUUGGCUUCGAAGAAGAAGAACCGAAGAACGAAGGUCGUGCGCCGCUCGUGGGGCGGUGGCCCGGGGGAUGAGGGCCGGGGAGCGUUCUUCGACCGCAGUUCAAGCGACAGCCAGACGAAUCGACCUGGUGAACCGCCAGCAGCAGUAGCAGCAGCAGCAGCAGCGGGAGAGGAGGGACAUGGUGACAACGAGGUGACUAGCAAGUCGCCAUUCCCCAUGAAAACGCCUAUUAAAUCCGCUGUGAGAGUCACUCCAGCUAAUAUUCAGCCAUCCCCGCCCCGUUCAUCAGUCUGCCUAGCCUCUGUUCUCUCGUCGAGACCUGACAUGGCAACAACCAGCUCAACUGGGGCUUUCCGCUCAAGCUCCGAGUCGGCGCAGGACGCGGGGGAACCUCGACCCAACACCGCGAACAACGGCCGCGGAGCGACCGUCCGGGUGGUGUCGACUGCUGGUGGCGGCGGCUACGGUGGUGCUUCCAGCGGCACGAGGCUCUUCGCGAGUGGUGGAGGAGCUGCUGCUGGGUCGUACUCGACUUUGUCACGAUCUCGUCGUGAUCUUCCCCCAUCGUCACCUCCACGCCUCUCCGCGCAGCAAUUCGUUCGUCACCGCAUCCAGCUCUCCUGUCGCCCGUCCGUCCGUCUGUCCAUUGUCACCACCGUAGUUCCGCAUUCCCCCAUGGAUUCCUCCCAGCAAAGUUCUGCUGCGGGCGAUGAAACAAAGUGUCGACCGGAGGAGGCUCGUGAAGGAGAGAACGGCUUGCAUGAAGGGGAGAACGGCCAUGAAGAAGAAUUUCACGACGCGGAGGAGCAAAACGGACACCAUAACCAAGAGCACGAUAGUCACGACAACAAUCAUCAUCACCACCAUCACCACCAUCACCUCCGGUUACCGUUUCACCACCAUCAGCCCACGCCCGAAGAGGAGGCAGCUAAGGUGGAAGAGCUUCGCGCGGCCAUCGGACCCGUCGACGGCGCAAUCGCGCUCUUCUGCACGGACGCGUGUCUGCGCCGCUACCUGCGCGCGCGCAGCUGGCACGUGAAGAAGGCGGAGAAGAUGCUCCUCGAGACCAUCGCGUGGCGCCGCGCCUUCACACCCGAGCGAAUCCGCUGGGCUGACGUGGCAAAGGAAUCAGAGACGGGCAAGGUGUACCGCGCGCCUUUCACAGACAAGCUCGGACGACCCGUACUCGUCCUGUGCCCUGGCAAACAGAACACGGACGACCAUGACGGCAACAUCCGGCAGAUGGUGUACUGCAUGGAGAACGCAGUGCAGAGCCUGCCGGAGGGCGUGGAGCAGAUGGUGUGGAUCAUCGACUACAAGGGCUUCACGCUGCGCAAGUCCCCCCUCAUGAAGACGUCCCGCGAGGUGCUGCACAUCCUGCAGAACCACUACCCUGAGCGGCUUGGAGCCGCCAUUCUCUUUGACCCGCCGUACAUCUUUCAAGGGCUCUGGAAGGUGAUUCGCCCGUUCAUCGACCCAGUAACCUUUCAGAAAAUCAAGUUUGUGUAUCGAAAGAGUGCUCCUUCCCUCAAAGUUAUGGAGGAGCUUUUUGACACCUCACUGCUUGACCCUGCACUGGGCGGGAAAGGGGAUGCGUAUGUGUAUGACCAUGCAUCGUAUUCCUCUCGCAUGGAGGCUGAUGAUGAAUGGACGGCCAAAUUGUGGGAGCUUGAUGGGAUUAAUGGGGCCGCCAGUGGUUCAGGAACCGCUGCAGUCUAG